ACUCAGUAUAGGCAAAGCAGAAUGACUGAUAAUAGUGAAUUUCACCACGAUCAAAAGAUUUAUUGUGUUGUAUUAAGUAGUAUGACGAGUGUUAGAUAAUGGUCGCAGUUGAAUAAACAUUGAUUUGUUUGAACAAGUUAAACAACUGAGCCUUAUGCGGUUUCAGAGUAUUGUAAUUGUGAUCCUAUCACAAGAGACCAACACCGACUGAAAAGGUUGCCCAGUGACUUCGCUGCCAAUGGUCGUACGAAUCGGCUGACAGGCCUAGCACCUGCACUAUUCAUCACCUGCUUACGAAAUCAAUGUAGAACAGAAUGCAGGCAGUGAGCUAGAGAGCCAUGGCAAUGUUGCUUGGAGUUUCUAGGCUGUGCUGUUUGAUGUUCUACAUAUGUGGAAUUCAAGCGUAUGUAUCAACUGAAUCGAUCGAAUUUAGAGAACCAACAGAAUGUUCCUCUAAUUGUUCCUUCAUUAAUGCUCAAGGUGAGCUGAGGGAGUGCAAUGUUCGACAGAUAGCAAUAUCUCUACCAACAAGUCUAUCAUGUCCCACACUACUUCCUAACCAAUUUCUUACAAAUGAAGUGAAAGAUUUGCCACCUAGACUGGAUAAAGAUGAUGUUGAAGGAAUGUUUAAUCAGACAUCCUUAAAUGAUCUGCAAGUUAAGAUUGAUAUUAAAAUCUCUGAACCAAAUCAUAAUCGCUUAAACGGUGUGUUCUUUGAACUCAAGGUAGCUGGGAACAAGGAUAAAAUUUAUGGUAUUCAGUAUUGUUUUCUGCUGGAUUUCAAUGGCACUCUGAAAAUGAAAGACAUUAUACCUUCUUACGGACCUGGUGGAGAUUUGACACUCUCAUUUUAUCCUUGCAUUGAUGCUUCAAAAAGUGCUUAUUAUGCAGUUGUUGGUUAUCCUCUUCCACUUAUAACUAAACCUAUGGACGAUUCAAGAAAUAAUUAUCAGCAUGCUUUUAACUAUUUUCAGUGGCAAGUAGACGAAUGCAAAAAUGGUAAGUUUUGUUUUCUUUUGUCAUUGUUUUCACCGUUACUUCCAUUCAAUUAUAAAACCUCCGCAAAUAUUAUAUUGCCAUGAAAAAUUAGGUACCCCAAAAUAACUUAUUGAUUACAAUUUCAUAUACUGUACUAUGUAACCUCAGAGUCCUAUAGAAAAUGAACCAAUAAUGAAGACAAUUGGUUGUACCACCAUCGAACCCAGUGACGUGUCCAGAAAUUUGAAAUAGAGGGGGCCCAGUGAGAGAUUUUUACAGAUUUGCCGCACAUUUUUCCAUCAUGAUUGGUGUAGAGUUUGAAAAUGGCUUUCUAAACCAUUAAAAAAAAUAUUUGAAUCUACCUCUGAAGCCCUCCUCCUUCCCAUAAUUUGUUUAUGAAUAUUACACUGAGUAUUAGCCCAGGACCAUUAGUACUCAAGACCAACGAUCUUCAUCUGAAGUACAGUUGUUCCUGUUGUAUAAGCCCCCAGUGGCGAAUCAAGGAUUUUGAAAUUGAUGUGGGCCUAUGAGGGACUUCACAGAUGGGGAUCUGUACCACCACAGCCCCACCAUGAAUAAUUUAUGAUAAUUGCAUUUCUAGAUGGCCAGAAACGGCUCUAUCAGGCUAAAAUUUUAAUAUAAAUUUCAUUCUUUCUCUAUUUUCUUUAUAAUUUUGAAAAAAUUUAGGGGUUGGGGCAGCUUGGCUCCUCUUGAAUCUGCCACUCAGGCCACUUUAGGUAUAAGCCCACCGCCUUUUGCUGUAAAAGUGCUGUUUGUAAAAAUAGAAUUGAUAUUUUCAUUUUUAAUAUUGUUUUUGUAGAUGCUAAAGGAUAUCUUUUGAAC